AUGGAUGUGGCGCUUAACAGAAGGCGUUGGAUGGCGGCGAAGAGAGGAGAAGAAGCGAUUCAGCUUAUAGUCGGUAACAACGACGACGACGACGACGAUGAGGACGAUGAGGACGAUGAGGACAAUGAGGACAAUGAGGACAAUGAGGACAAUGAGGACGAUGAGGAUGAUGAGGACGAUGAGGAUGAUGAGGACGAUGAGGAUGAUGAGGAUGAUGAGGAUGAUAGGAGAAGGAAAAGAGAUACUGAAGAGGUACAUGUGAAGCAUGUCACCGAGGUCCUCACUCGCUUAAGGAGCAACAGGCUCUUUGCUAAGCUGUCGAAGUGUGAGUUCCACACCAAGACAGUCGAGUUCCUGGGGUACAUCAUCAAGCCAACGGGCAUAGAGAUGGACCCAGAAAAGGUGCACACUGUCAAGGAGUGGCCAAUGCCAGAGUCAAUCCAUGGCAUCCAGAGGUUCCUGGGUUUUGCCAACUUCUAUCGAAGGUUCAUAGCCCACUUUGCUCGCAUAGCCAAGCCCUUGACAGCACUGGUAAAGCCUAUAGAACAGUUCAAGAAGUUCGAGCUACCAGAGGAGGCCCAACAGGCCUUCCACAAGCUCAUCCAGGCCUUCACAUCAGCAGGAGUGCUUCAGCACUUCGACUACCACCUUCCAACAAGGUUGGAGACUGAUGCAAGUGACUUUGCUAUAGCAGGAGUGCUCAAGCAGGAGCAUGAAGGACGAUGGCAUCCAGUGGCCUUCUACUCUAGGAAGAUGUCUUCUGCCGAGAAGAACUAUGAGAUCCAUGAUAAGGAGCUCCUAGCUGUGGUCGCCUGCCUCACUCAGUGGCGACACAUGCUAGCUGGACUACCGAACCAACUGGUCAUCCUCACUGACCAUGAAGCCCUCAAGUACUUCAAGUCACAGAGACGCAUCACAGGUCGACAGGCUCGAUGGGCCAUACUACUAGCAGACUUCGACUUCAUAUUGCAGUAUCGACCAGGAGACAAAGGUGGUGAACCCGAUGCUCUCACCAGAAGGACAGACAUGCAACCAGCUGGUGAAGAGCAGGAUCACAAUGUGAGGCAACUACUGCCUCCUCGAGUGUUCAAGGAGACAGCAGACCAUGACUCGCUCCUAGUGGCCCCCAUGAUCUCGAUGGAGUCCAUAGCAUCAAAAGGUCUCAAAGACCUGGUCAAGAUCUUCCAGCCCUUAGACCAAGAGCUACAGGAGAUACAUAGGAAGAAGCCCUUCGAGGUCAGGGAUGACCUAUGGUACAGUGGAGGAAGGUUGGUUAUCCCCAAAGUGAUCAUGCCAGGGAGGACCAACAACCGACACUCAAGGAGUGCCAAAGAGGUAGAUGGACAGUCUCUCUCUGUAGAGCAUCUGCGAUUCAUGGUGAUGACCCAAUGCCAUGAUGGUAUCACUGCUGGACACGUAGGAAGAGAUGCUACCAUCAAGGCAGCUCAACGACAUUACUGGUGGCCAAACAUGACAGCUUGGAUUGCAGACUAUGUAGCAAGUUGUCCUGUAUGUGCUAGGUACAAAGCUCCUCGUCAUCGUCCAUAUGGUUUGCUACAGCCACUAGCAACCCCAGACAGGCCCUGGGGCUCCAUAUCCCUCGACUUCAUCGAAGGACUACCAACAUCGAAGAAGUAUGACUCCAAGACCUAUGACUCUAUCUUAGUCAUUGUCGACAGGCUAACCAAGUUUGCCAUACUAGCUCCAACCCAUAAGACAGUCACGGCCAAACAGACUGCAGUAUUGCUAUAUGGACACAUGGUUAGACUCUUUGGAUAUCCAGAUCACAUGGCAUUUGCAGAGCAAAUGGGUGUGAAGCACUCACUUAGCACGGCCUACCAUCCUCAAACUGAUGGUCAGACAGAGAGAGUCAAUCAGGUCAUAGAGCAAUAUCUCAGGAUGUACUGCAACUAUGAGCAGAAUGACUGGGCCAACCUGCUGGACACUGCGGCCUUUGUAUACAACAACACGGUCCACAACAGCAUUGGUGUCUCACCAUUCUUUGCAUGCUAUGGAUGGAACCCCAAAGCUCAUCCUGACAUCCCUCAACGACUAGGAGUCAAUGAUCCAGGUCGCUUCGAGUACCUCAUGGAUGGAAAGGAGCGUUGCAAGUACCUCCAGGAGCAGAUCAGAGAGGCACAACGUAGAUCAGUAAACCAGUAUAACAGGAAGCACAAGGACAUCGAGUUUAAGGUGGGUGAUAUGGUCUAUAUCAACCGACGAAACUGGAAGACAAGGAGACCCACACCCAAGUUAGACACCUGGUUUGCAGGACCCUACCCAGUUCAGGAACGGGUAGGACGCCGAGCUUAUCGAAUCACAUUGCCAGCAAACCUUAGGGUGCAUGAUGUGUUCCAUGUCUCCAUGCUCGAGCCAGCAAAAACAAGUUCUCUUCCUCAACGUGCUGAACAGCCCACCAUACCAUCACUUCCAGAUGAGGACCUCGACUUCGAAGUCGAAGCACUCAUCGACAAGCGUUCACACAAUGGGACUACGGAGUACAAGGUGUUGUGGAGAGGGUACUCAGAGGAAGCUGCUUCAUGGGAACCAGUAGAGAACCUCAACUGUCCCGACCUCAUCCAGGAGUAUGAGGUGUCGGAGGGGGGACGAGUGAGUAGACAGAGUGGAGAGAGGAGGAGAGAACAGGAGGAGUAG